UGCCAGCAUGUACCACCGGUGGCUCGCGCUCGCGUGUCUAUCAGAUGGCGCGUACCACCGCGCCGCCCCGUGGUGAGAAACAGAAAUAGCAGCGCCGGCGCGAAUGGCGCAAUCGUUGCGCCAAAAAUGGGAUCGAAUCUCAGCGGACAAGAUGUCUAACAAUAUUGAAAAAAUUGGAGCAAUCGUUGCGUCGAGAAUUGGCUCGAAUCUCGGCGGAGAAGACCGACGCGUCGAGACGGCGAAGGCAGGUCGAACUGCGGCGACGCGCGCCGCUAGUGGGGAUACUGGAACGAUCGCAAGGAAGGGGAUGACUCUGCGUGGCAGCGACGCAGGAUAUCGUCAAGUUCGUCAGAGAGCCGGCAGCCCGCACCGCGAGUGUUGCUGCCGAGUAGAUUUCGAGUUCUGUCGUCGACCGAGACGCAGGGAGAAGAGACAUUCACGCGAAUCACAGCAGACAGGCGACCGUCGCUGUCGUCGUCGACUCCUACGUCGGGAAGACAUCACGUCCUCUCGGGUUCGAUCCACGUAUCAGUGUCGCCGCGACCUACGACGGUUCUCUUUCUCUCGCGUACACCCUUCGCGAAUUCGCGAAUUCGCCCGUCGGUAUCCCUUUGCCCUUCUCCUCUGCCCCACCACUCUUCGUUCCGUCUUUCUCCUCUUUGCACGCGCCACGGUACACCAAGAAGACGAGGCGGGUCGGGCGGAGCGGCUCCAACCUUAG